AUGUCGCCCUUCGCCUUCAGAAUGGGUAAAAUGAAGGCUGCGCGCACUACGCACCGACACACACCCCUCUCCAAUGCUGGAACACGUUCUUCAAACCGCAUUGCUGCAAAGAAGGAGACCAAGCGAACGAAUCAAGCUGGGUCGAGCCAGAAGAAAGUUCUAUCUGCUGCUCAUGAGCCUGGUUCUUCUCAGGAAACUAUCAAGAACUCGAGUGAUUCAUCCCAGCAACCCCCAUUCAGCAGCUUCAGCAGCUAUAACUCUAACGAGUAUGUUGAGCUUCCCACACUUGCGUCCAGACACUUAAUCAAUACCACUAGCAGCCGCCACUCAGCUGGGCAGGUCGAGGGAACCCUGACUCUCGCUCACCGUAAUCCUCAGGUCCAUGGCACCGUUGUUACGUCCUCAGGUCCUUCCAACAACACAGCUGGAUCAGACACACCCCAGCUGACAGCUGGUGACGUCGCUCUAGAAAUCUAUGGCAGCAGAAUAGUGAUUGAUAGCACUCUCGGUAAAAAGCUAGCCGGCGAAACAUCCCUACGACCCAUCCGGCAGCGUCGCUCUGACAUGGUUCUCAACAUGGAGCGCCGCAGCAAUGUCGAAGCCUUCUUGGCUCAUCUCACUGGAGUCCAGGUCAGCCGGUCUUGCAAGAAUUGCUCCAAAGGACACGGUCCUUGGUCUGAGUGUAUCAUCUAUGAUGGCCAGAUGUGUGGUAGCUGCACAAACUGCUGGUUCAAUGCCAGUGGUUCUCGAUGCACUUUUCACGAGAACAACCAAAACUCCAUCUAUGCCCCGGCACCAUUGUAUCACCCCCAAUCCGCGGGAAUGCCAACACAGCCUUUCCAAUACGCCCAGCUCAAUCCCCUGGCGCUUCCCCAAGGCAUCCUCCCCAUGAACCGAGAAGCUGCCGCGUCUGUCUACGUGGAACCUCAAAUGCGCAACCAGUUCGCUAUGAGCAUGAUCCAGUCAUUGGGACUCGGUCCCGCCAACAACAUGGUCGGCAAUGUUGUCUCAAAUGUCGCUGCUAUGAGCCAAGGAGAACGAAAGUUUGCACAUGUAGAAAGGGCUGCGGAGGAGCUUGGUAUUCGCCUUGCGGAGCUGCAUGACUUCCUUGCCACCUCCGAGGGAAAUGCUUUCAUGGCUCAGCUUUCUGGCAUGGCUAGUCCCCAGCAAAUCUCUUCUGCGGACGAACAACCCCAGGAGCCACUCUCCCAAGAGCCUUCUUCACAGAACGAUGCCCACCAGGAGCGCGCUUCCCAAAAUACUUCUUCCUAUGAACCUUCUUCCUAUGAGCCUUCUUCUGAGGAGCAGUCUGCUCAGGAAACCUUGUCACCGGGAGGAUUUUCUCAGGGAAAUGUCGAAGCGCAUCCUAUGGCAUUGACUCUCUUAAACACUCCGCCAAAUGAGAACUGA